AUGGCGGGGAGUAGGCGCUUUGCUCUUGGAGCUCAACCAGAUGUUGAGCAGAUACUGUUAGAAGCACAACAUCGGUGGCUUCAUCCACCUGAAAUUUGUGAACUGCUGCUUCGAAACUAUAACCAAAUUCGUAUUUGUCCUCAGCCUCCUAACCUGCCGCCAAGUGGCUCGGUUUUUCUUUUUGAUAGGAAGGUGGUGAGAAACUUUAGAAAUGAUGGCCAUAAGUGGAGGAAGAAGAAAAAUGGGAAGACACUGAAGGAAUCUCAUGAAAAACUGAAGGUUGGGAGUGUAAAUGAGUUGCAAUGCUACUACGCCCAUGGAGAAGAUAAUGAAAACUUUCAAAGACGAAGUUAUUGGAUGCUCCAAGAGGAGUUUUCAAACAUAGUUCUUGUCCACUAUCGAGAUGUAAAGCCCCAAAAAGUUCCUAACUUCCAGCCACAGGAAUAUAUGGAAAAAUGUGAUCUCGAUAAACCAUAG